AUGCCGGAGAAAUCGGGAGUGAGCUCUCCGCGGUCCUCCACCAAGGCUCUCGCGUGGCUUUUCCGGCCCAGCCCUCUGCAUCAAUGGCGGUUCCACUUCCUCACCGCUCUGGUUUUCGUGAGCAUGGUGGUUGUUUGGAGCAUUGACGGCUGUACCAUCAAGAGCUUCGUCGAAUCUUUGAGGCCCAACAAGCCGCAGCAGCUACUCACCGCCGCGAAGUUCCAUCCUCCAAAACCCACCGCGAAUCUAGCUCAAGAAAAUCCUCACCGGGAAAAUUUCACCGCCGGCGCCGAUUUCGUGCUCCGCAACGAAACCGCCAUUUUCGCCUCCUCCGCUGCCUCCGCCGAUGCUCCUGUGAGUCCUCUCCUCAGCAGCAAUGGCUCCGCCGGGAGCUUGCCGGAAGAUGGAAUGUUACAGAUGCCGGCGAGGGGGGAAGAAGAGUCGAGCGGCGGCGAUGCGGAGUGGGUGUCGGCGGAGCUCGAGCCGAAUCUCACCUCCGGCCUUCUCUCCCGGUGGCUGGCUCCCGGCGGGGAGGCAUGUAGGGAUUCACGGACGGAGGAAAUCGCGAUUCCCGAUCUGGACGGGGAAAAGGGGGUUCUGGAGCUUACUGCCGGAGAUUCACACGAGCUCGCUUUCCAGGCGGUGGACGAGUCCAAGAACCCUCGCUGCUCCGGCGGCGAUUACUUCGAGUCGGAUCUUUCAGGUGAGUCGUGGAAGUCUCGGCCUCUGGUCAAAGAUUUCGGGAACGGGAAUUACUCAAUUACCCUCCAAGUUCACCCCGAUUUCGCCGGAGAUUACGACCUCACUCUCAUCCUCCUCUACCGCCAUUUCGAGGGUCUCAAAUUCUCGCCGGGGAGAUUCACCAUCGACAAAGAGCUCCGCAAGUUCCGAAUCAGAUUCACCACCACAGGUAACAUCCAAUUACCGCAGUUAAGAGCUUGCUCGAAAUCGGAUUUCAGUAGAGAUUUAUGGGUUGGGAGAUGGACUAGGCACGGUAGAAACGACAAUUGCAAGAUUAGUUACGACGGCCGGUACCGUUGUCUACCGGCCAAUUUCCCCUGCCGGAAUCCAUGGUGUAACGGUUCGUUAGGGGAGUUGGAAAGCAACGGCUGGGUUUACUCCACACACUGCUCAUUCAAUCUCUUCCAGCCCGAUUCGGGCUGGAAUUGCCUCAAGAACAGGUGGAUUUUCUUCUGGGGAGAUUCCAAUCAUGUAGACACAAUCAGGAACUUGCUGAAUUUUGUGCUGAAUCUGCCCAAUGUGAAAUCCGUCCCGCGGAGAUUCGAUUGGAACUUCACCAAUCCUAACGACGCGUCUCAAUCAGUUCGUAUCACCAGCAUUUUCAACGGGCAUUGGAACGAGACAAAGAACUACCAAGGUCUGAAUUCGUUGCGAAAUGAUGGGUUCAGGAACCUGCUGAAGAAGUACUUCACCGAAGAAACCGUGCCAGACACCAUCAUCAUGAACUCUGGACUCCACGACGGAAUAUACUGGCAGAACUUGAGGAAAUUCACCACUGGAGCUGAUUAUGCAGCUGGGUUUUGGGCCGAGGUUAUGGAUUCAGUGAGGCAGAGAGGGCUGGUUGCUCCGCGGGUCAUUUACAGGACGACGGUGACCACAGCUGGGGACGCGAGGAAGAUGGCUUUCAAUCCGAGCAAGAUGGAGGCGUUCAACUGGGUGGUGUUGGAUAAGUUUCGCAGAGCCGGGUUGAUCGAUGGUGUGGUUGACAACUUCGACAUGACUUUCCCCUGGCAUUUCGACAACCGGUGUAGCGAUGGAGUGCACUAUGGGAGGGCUCCGUUGAGGAUGAAGUGGAAGGACGGUGAGAUUGGGCACCAGUACUUUGUGGACAUCAUGCUGGCUCAUGUUCUGCUCAAUGUGCUGUGUGCGAGAUGA